AUGACUUACCUCAGUGGUGGAAAGAAAGAGACGAUUGUCCAUUGUAUAAAGAUUCUGACAAUAUUUUUAGAAGUUGUCAUCAUUGAUGUCUGCUUAUUGCAAUUGGCCUUGUUGGACAGUUGUGACUACGAUUUUCUGGAUGAAACAUUCCUGCCGACCGAGUACUUGUGCAGAUAUACAAUUCCCUACGUAAAAGAGAUCCCACCCGUGGCGUUGAAAUUUUUUUAUGUACAUUUAGUGAUUGCAGUAGCCAAGUCCGAUAUCGACACGAAUCUUUCCUUGUUAACAUCGCGCGUUGUUUUUCUUUUUUCCUUCUUUCUUUCUUUUUUCUUUCUUUUUCUUUUUUUCCUUCUUUUUUCUUUCUUUCUUUCUUUCUUUCUUUCAAUCAGCACCGGAAGUCUCAGCUCUCUCUCUCUCUCUCUCUCUCUCUCUCUCUCUCUCUCUCUCUCUCUCUCUCUCUGA